GCUCGGGUGAAACUGAGAGAAAAAGAUUAAAACUUUCUAACUACGAUGAAUUGCAAGUUCUUGACCUAUUCGAGAAAACUUUUGUCGAUUUUGGCACUCAAGUUGAGAAAACUUUUGUCGAUUUUGGCACUCAACAAUGCAAGGAGUUGUUUUCUUUAACUUCAGGUAUGAGGAAUGAGAUUUAUAAAGAGCUUACUAAUUAUCUUACUACUAUUUUAGAAGAGUUAUAUGUUGAGAAAAACCAAGAAACAAAUGAGAUUGAUGAAUUAGCACUUCUUCAAAGUCAGAUGGGAUGUAUAAAAAAAUGCCUAGUUUGUAAAGUGUUCAAUAUUGACAAUAAAAAGCAGAUCUGCCCUAUGUGUCAUAAUAAAUUACCAACAAUAGCUGAGAUAAAUCAACAAUUAAACGAGCCAUCUAAUAUCAUCAAUACUACUGAAAAAUCACUAGAUAUUCGUUCUUAUAUGUUUGAAAAAGCAUGA